AUCUUCUAGAAGCCCCUCCAAAAUCUCUACAAAAUCAAACCCUUUCCACCAUCUACCUCCAAACCCCAUUUCAAACCUUCAAUCUCUCCUCCAAAUAUCCAGGAACUAUCAGAAAGAUGCCUCCUUUCUCACAAUCAAACCCUCUCUCAAUUGGGUUUUCCCACAAUCAUCACAAAUUCGACAACCCUAAAUCCACCAAUGUUGUCACCAUUGAUGUGGGUGGUCAGCUCUUUCAAACCACCAAACAAACCCUAACCCUAGCUGGCUCCAACACCCUCUUCUCCAAUCUCUUCGAUUCUUAUGAUCAAAUCCCUUUUAUUGAUAGAGACCCUGAUCUCUUCUCCAUUCUCCUUUCCCUUUUGAGAACUGGUAAUAUCCCAACAAAAGCUAAAUCUUUUGACCUCCAAGAUAUCAUCUUUGAGGCACAGUUUUAUGGGAUUCAUCAUCUUCUUGUUCAAUCUCGAUCAAACCCAUCUCAAUUCGAAGCAUUUAAUCUCCAGAAAUCAACGAUUUUGCCUCUUAAUGGCAGAGAUUCACCCUCUGUUAUCGCCACAGCACCAUAUGGGUCAGUUCAUGUCUCUCAUGGUAGCAAAAUCACAUCUUUUGACUGGUCUUUGCAAAGAAAGUCAACGAUUUUAACCCAAUUCACGGCUAUCGAUUCUUUAUUGUCUUUAUCAUCGAAUGUAGUUGCAGCAGGUGCCACUGAUUUCUCGGGGUUGCAAAUCAUUGAUCUUGAUAUGGGUUCUGUUAGGCAGACUUUGAAUUGGGAAAAUAUGACUAAAUCUAGCUCAACCGUUCAAGCAAUCGGGACGUCCCCUGAGUUCUUAUUCACUAGUUUCGAAUCAGGCCGUAGGAAUUCAAAUUCUAUCUUGGUUUACGAUAUUAACGAUGGUCUCAGAGUUGUAUCGGAGAUUGCACGUAACGAAAUCUUUGGUGCUGAUCUUGAUUCUGCAAUUCCAUCGACAAAAUUGAAUUGGGUUCCUAGUCUUAAUCUGUUAAUGGCUUCAGGGUCUCAUAGUGGACCAUCUGGGGUUUCAGGAAACAUCAAGUUUUGGGACAUUAGAUCAGGCAAUGUAGUGUGGGAAAUCAAAGAAAAAGCCGAUUGCUUUUCGGACAUCACAGUUUCUGACACCCUUUCGGCUGUUUUCAAGAUUGGGAUAGACUCAGGAGAUGUGUCCUACAUUGAUUUCAGGCACAUCGAUUCCGAUAACACAUGGAAAUCUCUUGGUGGCACCAAGAAACCGACGAACGGAAAGAAAGGAGGACUGGGUUGCAAGAUUGAAAGCCAUGGAAAUCAAGUGUUCUGUAGUAAAGAAGGUGAAUUGGAGGUAUGGUCAGAAGUUUUGAUGGGGAGUUCUGAGAAGGGUAAAGAUGGGAAAAAUGAAAGUGUGUUCAGGAAGAACAUAUUGGGAAGAACAAAGGAUGUUGGAGGAAAUAGGGUUACAAAUUUAGGGUUUAGUGGAAACAGAAUGUUUGUGACUAAAAAAGAUCAACAAUGUCUUGAAGUUUGGGAAAGCUCUAGAAGAUGAUUUUGAUUCCAUGAGCUUUUUAAGUUUAUUGAUAGUUUAGGAAUUAUUUUUAGUAUAAAUUUAUGGAACAAAAAACUAUUUUCUGUAUAUUCUUGGUAAACUUUCAGUAAAAGUAAUCAUUUAUUCUGUAUAAUUAUUUCAUACAGAAUCAAGAUGUAUGUUACUGAAAGAAUGUGAAAUGGGUUUUUUUAUUGGUUUUAUCAGAAAUAAAAGACGAUUGUUAAUUUUC